GUGUGUGUGUGUGUGUAGUGGGGAGUGUAGGUUACUAGGUCCUAACCUUUUUUCUGUUAUUUUUAUCGGUCCACACAUCCUGCUCUCUCUCUCUCUAUCUCUCUGUCUCCACCAUUCAUUCACACUCACCACCCUCCAUAACCAAUUUAUCUGCAGUACAUACACACACACACAACAAAUAUAAACACAUUCAAACCUUUACACGCACACGGAUAAAAAUUCCAUGUCUGCUUCUUCAGUCAAAAACAAACUUCCAGUCAAAUGGGGUUUUCUGGAUAAGGAGGAAGGAGAGAAGAUGACUACUCUCAGAACAACAGUAGUAGUUUUACUGGUGUGUCUGACUGUGUUGGAUACCCCGUCCCAGGAGCCUCAGUCCUAGCAGCCUCAGUCCAAGGAGCCUCAGUCCCAGGAGCCUCAGUCCUAGGCAGACCGUUGCUGUAUGGCCCCUCAACAGCCCUACAGAAGACUGUAGAAGAAUUCCAGUGUGAAGUGGAAUCCUCCAGUAAAGAAGUGUCCAUCCUCUACCAGCUAUUCAGGGAAGGUGACCGGUCCAAGACCUUAGGCUUCUACAGCGCUCUGUCUGGUGAGAUGGCCAAUUUCCCUCUGUUCAUCACUGCUUCCUAUGAGGGCUACAUGGUGUGUGUAGCCAGCGUCCAGAACAACACAGUAAUACAACCCACCGUCAGUGAAAGACACCACCUCAGAGUAGUCGACCCAGUCAACGGUGCAGAGGUUGUAGUCCAAUCAGGGUCUGUGGAGUUCUACGAAGGGAAGCCACUGUCCCUACGUUGUAACAUCACCAAAGGGAACCACGUCUCCUACCAGUGGCUGGUGGAUGGGAAGCCCCUCCCCCUGUCUCCUUUACACAAUCAGACACAGGAACUCUUCAUCGACAGUAUGGUGCCCCAGGACAGUGGGGAGUACACCUGUGUUGCUACCAACCAACUCAACUUUACCAAGAUCUACUCCUCCAGGAGCACUGCCAAGGUCAUCAAGGUCAAAGAGCUUGUGUCUGAACCGGACCUCCUCUUCCUGGUACUGAAGGAAAGAGACGGGACCUACUUUGCCCUCGUCACGUGUCAAUCACUCAAGGGGACUCCGCCCAUCACCUUCUCCCUCUACAGCAGGUCAGAGUUCAUCAGCACGGAGACGGUUGACGAGCGAUUCGCCAGGUUCUCUAUUCCAGUGGUUCUAGAUCUCCACAUGGGCUUUCUACAGUGUCAGGCGGAGAACGGAGACCGGGUGGUGUACGGUCAGUGGACGGCCAUGCACGUUGUUUCAGUAGGUGGAGCUGUGACGAUGCACUACGACACCGACGUGGGAGAAAACUUCUCCAUUGUGGGCCUGAGGUUCUACUGUUCCGUGGAGAGGGGAACCUUUCCCCAGUACCGCUGGUUCCUCAAUGGAACUGUUCUAGAAGGCCGUGGAGACUUCUACUGGGUGGAGAACCAGCCGGAGCAAUCCAUUUUGUUGUUAUCCGUGGGGAGGAGCAGUGCCGGAACGUACCAUUGUGAUGUGUCCAACAGCUUUGAUGGCACUACGGUGAUCAGCAGUGAGGAGAGGUACAUCGAUAAAGAAGUGUUGAACCACCUCCCUACCAUGGUGGUGGCUGUUGUGUUCGGCUGUUUCCUCUUCCUGGUUACCUUGGUGACCACCUGUUGUUUCAUUGGUCUGCUGUACCGGAAAAGACAGUGUCUUGUUGAAAAGUCUACGCUGGAUCUCAAGUUGGGUCUGGAGAUGCACAACAUAAUGGUGUCUGAUGAGGAUGAAGGGUUCCUGGGUCACCCGUGCAUUAUGGUGGCCGAGGAUGAUAAUGAAGUUGAUGAAGAGGAAUACAUGGAGGAUGAGGGAAUGGUAAGAGCAGCCAGAAUCAUUGACUCAGAUCAGGAGGAAGUAGAAUCGACAGACGAGUGGCUGCAGCUACAACAGGAACUGAAGAAGACCUUGGAGGAUGAAAUUCCAGAAAAGAGCUUUUAAAUUCUACAACCAUCUAAAAAGAAGCGCUGUCUACACAUUCCAUCACAAAGCCCUCACCUACAGAGAGAUGAACCUAUAGAAGAGUCCCCUCAGCACGCUGGUCCUGGGGCUCUGUUCACAAACAGACCCCACAGAGCCCCAGGACAGCAACACAAUUAGACUCAACCAAGUUAUGAGGAAGCAAAAAGAUAAUUACUUGACAUACUGGAAAUAAUCACCCCAAAAAACAGAGCAAAUUAGAAUGCUAUCUGGCCCUAAACAGAGAGUACACAGUGGCAGAAUACCUGACCACUGUGACUGACCCAAAAUGAUGUACAGACUCAGUGAGCAUAGCCUUGCUAUUGAGAAAGGCCGCUGUAGGCAGACCUGGCUCUCAAGAGAAGACAGGCUAUGUGAACACUGCCCUCAAAAUUUGGUGGAAACUGAGCUGCACUUAUUAACCUCCUGUCAAAUGUAUGACCAUAUUAGAGUCACAUAUUUCCCUCAGAUUACACAGACCCACAAAGAAUUUGAAAACAAUUUAAACAUUGAUGAACUCCCAUAUCUUCUAGGUGAAAUACCAGUGUGCCAUCACAGCAGCAAGAUGUGUGGCCUGUUGCCAUUAGAAAAGGGCAACCAGUGAAGAACAAACACAAUUGUAAAUACUACCAAUACUUAUGUUUAUUUAUCUUCCCCUACUAUUUGUACUACAACUAUUUGCACGUCGCUAAAACAUUGUACAUAGAUGAUAAUAUAACACUUGAAAUGCAUUUUUCAAUCCUUUGUCACUGCAAUGUUUACUGUUCACUUCUAAUAGUUUUUUGUUAAUAAUGUUUUGUCUUCUCGCUUUUGUUUGUUGUUUAUAUCAGUUGCUUUGGCAAUGUAAACACAUGUAUUCCAUGCAAAUAAAACCCAUUUGAAUAGAGA